AUGGAUCCUUCGGAGAAGAAGAUAUCGGUAUGGAUCUGCCAGGAGGAGAAGCUGGUAUCCGGCCUUUCCCGCCGUACCACUUGCUCGGACGUGGUGCGGGUGCUUUUGGAGGACGGUUGCCGGCGGAGACGGAGGCAACGGAGGGGCCAGCGACGGGGCAUGGCCGGCGACCCGCCAGGCCCGGGAGAACUGCCUGAACCCCCGGACGAAAACGACGAGGACGACGACGAGGGGCUACCCCAGGGCAUGCUGUGUGGGCCUCCACAGUGCUAUUGCAUCGUGGAGAAGUGGCGCGGCUUUGAGCGCAUCUUGCCCAACAAGACGCGCAUCUUGCGCCUCUGGGCUGCCUGGGGCGAUGAGCAAGAGAAUGUGCGCUUCGUGCUAGUGCGCAGCGAGGCGUCGCUGCCCAACUCGGGGCCGCGCAGCGCUGAGGCACGAGUGGUGCUCAGCCGCGAGCGCCCCUGCCAGGCCCGGGGAGCCCCGGCGCGGCCCAGCGUGGCCAUGACACAGGAAAAGCAGCGGCGGGUGGUGCGCAAGGCCUUCCGCAAGCUGGCCAAACUCAACCGGCGGCGCCAGCAGCAGCCACCGUCUCCCUGUUCGUCCACUUCAUCGUCCACUGCCUCGUCCUGCUCGUCGCCGCCUCGGCCACACGAGAAUGCCUCGGUCGAGCGGAUGGAGACGCUGGUGCAUCUGGUGCUGUCCCAGGACCACACCAUCCGCCAGCAGGUGCAGAGGCUUCGAGAGCUGGACCGAGAGAUCGACCGCUAUGAAGCCAAGGUACACCUGGAUCGCAUGCGACGACACGGGGUCAACUACGUGCAGGACACUUACUUGGUGGGGGCAGGCAUCGAGCUCGACGGGACUACCCCAGAAGAGGAGACUGAGGAGAAGGCGAUGGCGGAGAAGGAGGUGGCGACGGCGCCGGUGGACGGCGAGGCGCAGGCGGCAGCGUUGGAGGAGCUGGCCAGGCGCUGCGACGACCUGCUGCAGCUGCAGGAGCAGCGGGCGCGGCAGGAGGAGUUGCUGGAGCGCCUGUCCACCGAGAUUCAGGAGGAGCUGAACCAGAGGUGGAUGCGGCGGCGCAACGAGGAGCUGGCGGCGCGGGAGGAGCCCCCGGAGCCCGAUGGCAGUCCCGACGGCGAGCUGCUGCUGGAGCAGGAGCGGGUCAGGACGCAGCUCAGCACCAGCCUUUACAUCGGGCUCCGGCUCAACACGGACUUGGAGGCCGUCAAGGCGGACUUGGAUUACAGCCAGCAACAGUGGGACAGCAAGGAUCGUGAGUUGCAGGGCCUUCUCCAGACUUUGCACACUUUGGAGCAGACGUUGGUGCAGGAUGGGGCUCCCGACUCCGCCGGAGCCUCGCGGGAACCCGGGCCUCAAGCCUGCGGAAUGUGGGUGGACCAGGCCCGCGGACUGGCUAAAAACUGUCCGGGCAAUGACGAGGACUCAGACACUGGGUUGAGCUCUAUGCACAGCCAGGACUCGGAUUCAGUGCCUGUGUGUGAAUCCCUUGUGUAG